AGGCGCCAAGCUCGCUGUUGGGCCCCGUGACGGCUCUCUUGACAGACAGUGACCUGAGCAUCCGCUAUGGAGCCGCCAUGGCGCUUGGCUCCAUGGCGGAGAUGGUGGCAGCCUCUCGAGCAACGAUCGACCAGCUCGUGGGCUUGCUGAAAGCUGACGACGUCAACGCGCGUGCGGCGGCCUGCUGCGCCCUGGCGCGCAUGGGCAAAGAGGCCCAGCCCAGCGCGGAGCUCGUGGCCACGCUGGUCACGGACAUGCAGGAGGCGCCCCCUCAGGCGCUAACGAGCGCCGGCAAGCGCGCGCCCCCGCAGAUGCUGCUGCCGCGAUGUGCGGCCAUCACUGCGCUGGGCGCCAUGGGCGCAGGCGACUACGCCAAGGCCGUGGCGCAGGGCCUGCUGGACAAGAACUGGCAGGUGAGGCUCAGCGCUGCCGAGGCUUUAGCCCAGCUGGGGGAGGCAGCUUCGAGCCACGCCAGCAGCCUCAUCGGCUGCCUGGGCGACGACUCCCAUCUGGUCCGCGCCGCCGCCUGCCGCGCGCUGGGGGCGCUGCGCAUGUCUGAGGCCUUGCCGGGCCUGGCCCAAGCCUUUGAGGAUGCCUCCGCGGUGGUGAGGUGUAGCGCGCUGAACGCGGCUGCGGAGUUGGUGCGGGAAGCUGAGGAGUACUGCCACGAAGUCUUCAAAGCCAUCACCGAUGAGCAGCCGGAGGUCCGUGCAGCUGCUGUGAGGUGCCUGGCACGACACGAGCGACUGGGACCCAACUACGCUGGGGUGGUGGCCACACUGCUCAUGGAUGGCAGUCCCGAAGUGAGGGCGGCUGCGGUGGCGGGCCUGGGCGCUCUGGGCGCCGCCGGCCGCAGUUUCGAGGAGGAGGUGAACGCAAUGUUGAACGACCCCAUCGACAUGGUGCGGCAGGCUGCUGCGGGAGCGCUGGAACUGCUGGGCCUGCGGUCGCCUUUGGCGCCCAUCAAGCCCUUGGCGGCGCGGAACCCCUCCGCCAUCAAGGCGGUGCUGGUGCCGCCGGACAACAAGGACCCAGUGGAGGGCCUCGGCGAGUACUACAAGAGCAUCAUGAUGAGAAAGUCAGACCUCGUGAAGAGCGGCAAGUGGAUCGACGACGAUGUCUUCUAGUUGGCGCACCGCGCCAGUGCGACGAAGCAAGCCGCAGUGUGAGCUAUGGGCCAAGUUUAGUGGCUGUCGAUUCUAUUGGAAACAGAAGCGGGUCUGAGGACUACACAUCAAUACCUCUCAAGCCAUGUUUAUGCUUUGCCUCGAUUGAGCAAAGUCUCACAAGCUGCUCUCCACAUAGUUUUCAACACAUCGAGCUGCUCUCUUGCCGAUCUCGUUUGAGAGGCGUGGAGGCAGAGAAGUCACAGGGCGCUGUAGGCAGCAUGAAUGCUGAGAGAGGCGCAGCAAAACACGACAGAA